UUGUAGCUGGGAGAAGGGGAAGCAACUUGGCGAGGGCAGCAUCGGCGGUGCGGUGCUAUGGACCUCAGGGACAAUGUCGAGACCGGGGAGACGGAAAACCAAACGGAGCUGUUUUCCGUGCCGAUCCCGGACGAAGCACCGUGCAAGAGGGAGCAGGAGAAGCUGUCAGGGGUCGUCAAAAACGUCCACAGAAAACUGCGCAGGAAAUACAGAGAGGUGGGCGACUUUGACAAGAUCUGGCGCGAGCACUGUGAAGAUGAGCAGACGCUGAGUGAGUACGCCCUCGCCAUGAAGAAUCUCGCUGACAACCACUGGACCAAAAACUGCGAAGGAGAGGGGCGCAUCGACUGGUGUCGCAGUGUCUGUCAAGAAUAUUUUUUGGAUGGCGGGAUGAAGAGAAUGUUAGAAAAGGAUGAGAAAAGUGCCAUGCUCGCCAUGGGUCUGACUGCUGCAUCUGUAAGUGCCCAACCGAACAGCACCAUUCCCAGUUCAAUUUCUCAGCUGGGGAAAAUGCGCCUUCUCGACGUGGGAAGCUGCUUCAACCCUUUCUUGAAGUUUGAUGAAUUCCUUACAGUUGGUAUUGACAUAGUGCCUGCAGUUGAGAGUGUGUACAAGUGUGACUUCCUCAACCUUCAGCUCCAGCAGCCUCUCCAGCUGGCGAGCGAUGCGGUCGAGGCGUUCCUCCGCCAGCUCCACAACCCCAUCGACUCGCUGCCUGCCCAGCUUUUCCAUGUGGUUGUCUUCUCCCUGCUCCUGUCUUACUUCCCCUCUCCAUACCAGCGCUGGAUCUGCUGUAAGAAGGCCCAUGAGCUGCUGGAGCUGCACGGCCUGCUGCUCAUCAUCACGCCCGACUCCUCCCACCAAAACCGCCACGCCCUCAUGAUGCGCAGCUGGCGCGUCGCGGUGGAGUCGCUGGGCUUCAAGCGCUACAAAUACGUCAAGUAUUCCCACAUGCAUCUCAUCGCCUUCCGCAAGGUGUGUCUGGCCACCACCAGCGACCUGGUGUCACGCAACUACCCAGAGAUGCUCUACAUCCCUCAGGACUUCCACUCCAAUGAGGAGGAAGAGUGUGCCGACGUGCCCGUGCAGGUGCGCUCCGAGUUUGAGGAUGACCAGAUGGCUUGGGGUUUCUCGGAGCUACCUGACACGCCCUAUGAUUCAGAUUCUGGGGAGAGCCAGAGCAGCUCGGUGCCUGGCUUCCACGAGCUGGAAGACCCCAUCCUGCUUCAGAGCUAGGCUGUACCAGCAACCCCCCCUCCACCUUCCUCCUCUCCUUUUCUCGAUUAUCACCUCCCCUUCAACUGCUGCGCUGCCAAUUUUAACCUGCUGCAUUCUUCUCCUACUUCUCCUCCCUCUCCCCAAAACAAUGCAGUUUGCACAGUGUGAAAGACAAAAGUUUACAGAUUAUUUUCUCAUGUCCACACUCCUCUGAGAGUACACACACAUACACAAACACAUAUUCACAUACACACACACACUAAGAUGGAUAUAUUUUGAUAAAUAUCUAGGUUUUUUAAGAGUUGGAAAGUGAAUGCCCUUGAGAUAUCUAACUCCCUGCUCCUUGAUUUCCAUAUCAUCUUCCUAUCAGCUUUCAAUAACAAAAACAGCUUCAGUCUCUAUUUGAAUAAGCUAGCGUGGCAGGCUGCUUAGUACAAAAGACAAACAACCUGAGUGGUCUGACGGGAGUUUGAUUGCACUGGUGAGACUGAGAUGAAACGACUGGACUGGUACGCUUGCUUCUGUCACAGUCAUGCAGCUCAACUUUCUGAAAAAUCCUUGAUGUGCAUUUAGUUUUCCAAGAAAAAGAGAAGUUCAUCGUUUUGAAAUAUAUAUAUAUUCUCAACAGUCAAAACAUUGGUGUUGUCCAGUGUAAAGUGUGGCAGUGCCAUUUUAACUUGGCAUCCUCUGAAUGAUUUGUGUAUCUUUUACAAGAAAGUGGUAUUUGUAGCAUUUUAAGCAUUUUCAGAACCAUACGGUAGGAGUAUUACUAGGUUUACUAAUGUGAAACUGUAACUGUGUUUACUCGUUGUGUAACAAGGUACGAGUGUUCCAAAGUAGGUAUUAGAUUUUUUCCUCCUCUCGUUGUCCUCACGAAUAUUGAGACUGAAUUAUCUCCAGUAUAUUUUUGUUCUCCAGCGGAGAAAUAGUACAACACGGCAUAUCAAAUCAAGCACCUGUAUCCUUUGACACAAUUUUGUAAUGAAGUACUCUGCCUCUGUUUUGUCAUACAGAAUCUCUGAAGCAGGUGAGUAGAUUUAAGCAAUAGCAAACGAGAGCAGAUCUGAAGACAUUGUGUCCGACGGGGGAGGUUUUAGCUAAAGACACUACCAGUUGAAAUGUGUUCCUGCUCGUCCCUGAAUGAGCUUGUUGUGUGGGUGUGGCUGAGUUUGACAGUGUGAAUGAAGGAAUGAGUUUCAUGUGUUAUUGUCAGUGGCACUUUAUCAUUGAUCCCAAAGGGUGUCACAAAAUGUAAUUAUUUUCCAAUGAUGACACUUUUACAACCAAUAUGACGGGCCCAUAAGAUAAUAACUGUAAGUCGAAGGUGCCUUCUUUGUUCACAUUUACUGUAUGUUGCAAACAGACUUUCAUGCCCCUGGAGAAAAUGAAACCUUUUAACAAAAAAGUUAUCACGCUUCUUUGGCCAAACAGUAUGUACAAACUGUCCAGUUCUCCUUCGUCAUAUUAAUGGUUAACAAGAAACAUUUCCAGUGUUGAUGUAAUGCAGUGUGUUGUUGCCAUAUCAUUUUCCCAGUUAAUGCACAUCUCUAUGCUGAUAUCUUCUCUGUUUUAACAGGAAAAAAAGAAAAAAAACAUUUCACAGUACCACACAUAUUCAGACAUUCAGGUUUUGUAAUUAAUUGGUGCAUUUGUCUUCCAAUGUUUCUUUUUGGUCCAUAUGCAUGAGUUGUUUCAUCUUCAUUAUCAAACAUUUUCAACAAUGCAGAACAAUGUGUGCUUAUAGUAUGGUUGUAUUUCUCUUUUAUAAAUGAAUGUAAAUGUAACGUAUCUGUGUAGAGUUUUUUGUGUCUAUUGCAUCUUUAUCUUUGAACAUUAAAAAUACUGCUCUGUAUAGUGGU